AUGGCCAUCGAUCCUGUCGACGUGGAAGUUCCAUCCGGUCCCAAGAGGCCACCAAAAGAAAGAAAGCAAAGUCAGCCAAAGCAAUAUAAUCACCAAAAGUCAGGCUCAGGUGGAUGUCAUAGCAGGAUCCGCAAACCCGUGCUGGCACUCUGCAAGGUGACCAAUGCUGCGGCCGCUGCACAGCCUGCUAAGAACCUCAAGGCAGCACUACUAGAGGCUGAACAGGGCAACGAGCCUGUGGAUGGCGGGUUGUUGGGUAUGGCUGCUGCGCAGGCUGGCAGGCUGGGUCUCAAGGAUCUUCUCAACACACUUUGCGCCUACUCCUGGCCUCGGCUCUCCUGCUGCGGUGGCCGAGAGGUGGCAGAGUUAGCUGCAGCCGCAAGCAAGUGCGGCUGCGAUGACGACAGGUUCUUUGGCUUUGUUGCUGUGUAUUGCUGCCAGUAUGCAGAUGCCUUUGGAUGUUUGCGGGAUGUGGCAUUGGUGGCAACUGCACUCACACGAAAGUUAGACUCGAAGGUGGACGUGGCAUCUGCCUUCCACGGCCUCACCAUGGUGGCGUUGAAGCACUUGAAUAACAGUCGCGCCUCCCACACCCAAUGCCCAAUUCGUGACAUCGCAGAGUUCUUCUACUCUCUGGUGAAUUUGCUUGGUACUUCCAGCGGCACGGCACUUUGUGCCUCGGACGUUGCUCGAGAUGUCAUUGUUGCGAUGGCAACUUCUGUUCGGCCACAGCUUCAUAAGGCGAGCGCACAAGACAUUGCCAAGACCACGGGAGCCGCCUCUAUGGCCUGGACGCUGUUUUCACAGCUGCAGGAUCAAGUGCUCAUGCCCUUAUUGCAGGAGCUGGCUCAGGCAGCCUUGGAGGCAGAAGCCCUGGAAGCACUUGAGCGCAGCGAUUCCCUGGAGGAUAGCUGGCAGCUGUCCUCCCAGGGCACGGUAGAGGAGGUGGUGGAGGUGCUGAAGGAGGUGCAGGAGAGGAAAAGUUUGUACCGAAGCAGGGUCUCUGAACAUGCGGACAGAGAGAUUGAGCCAGAGAUGGAACAUUUGGGAGCAGCUCACAUGGAGCCUCCAAUCGAUUUCUUUUCCCAUGUGAAUCCGGAUUGCUUCAACGUGGAUGGGAAGCCUGUGGCAAAACCGCGGUGGCAUCCCCCCGGCAACUGCGAUGCGCGGCGGCGCCCCCAUGUGCCGUUGGACCGGGACUUCGAUUCCCCCUCGGAGUCUGAGGAGUCGGAAGAGGAUGAUCAUGUGGACCAGGAGGCCCGGACAAUGUCACAGAGAAGCGUUUUGAAACGUGCUGCGGGUCCGGCCAAGACAGGACGUCAAUUUGAAAAAGUGGAGGUCACCCAAAGUUUCAAGGCUGGAGCACCUGAAGCUGGAGGGAAGAAGAUGGGUCAGUUCCAACUGCAAGAAAGGCCGAGUGAGGGUCAACCUCAACUGGCCUUGCCUGCUCCUGCAAUCUGCCCAUGUCAUGGUCCACACUGCUGCAUUGAUCACUGCAGAAAUCUGGCAGGUCAUUGUUCCACCCUGCUGGAAGGCCUCCGGCACUGGCGCCAAGCCAAGGUUGUGCCCAAGCCCCAGCCACCACGGGGGCCUUACAAAUUGGAGGACGAAGACCCAGCUGUUGAGGAAUUGAGGAUGGCACGUGAGCGACAACUCACCAUGGGGACCUUGGAGCAGAACAGGACCCGAGCCAGGCAACGUGCUUCCUGA